AUGACGUUUGAUCUCGGUUUCGAAGCAUCACAUGCGGAUAUCUGUGAGAAUAUGCUUGCCAUAGCUAGAAGUGGAACCACAUUCAAGCACUUGUCCUACACGAGCUUUGUCGGAUUUGAUCCUACUGAUGACGUUGUUCAGGUACGUGACAGUUUUCAAUGCUGUGAGAUCUUUUAGGG